UGUCAUUUGCACGACGGCUUGCGUUAUUUCAAUGAUUACAUUGCUUAAGAAAGGAUAUGCUUUGUUGAUUAAUACAUGGAAGAGAAAUGAUCUCUUGAAACAAUCCAUUUCUCAUUAUGCAUCAUGUCCUGGGCUUACUUCUAUACACAUAGUCUGGAGCGAGCCUGAUCCUCCCUCCGUUUCUCUUAUUAAAUAUUUAAACCAUGUCAUAGAAUCAAACUCCAGAGAUGGUCAACAAAUUGAACUGAAAUUUGACAUCAAUAGGGAAGACAGUUUGAACAAUAGGUUCAAAGAGAUCAAGAAUUUGAAGACAGAUGCUCUAUUUUCGAUUGAUGAUGAUGUCAUAUUCCCAUGCUCAUCAGUUGAAUUGGCUUUUAGCAUUUGGCAAAGUGCACCUGAUACAAUGGUGGGGUUUGUACCACGUAUGCAUUGGGUUGACAGAUCGAAAGGCAACUCUGACCAAUUCACUUAUGGAGGAUGGUGGUCUGUUUGGUGGAUGGGAACAUACAGUAUGGUUCUUUCGAAAGCGGCCUUCUUCCACCAGAAGUAUCUUAGUUUGUAUACUUAUCAAAUGCCUGCAUCGAUUCGAGAAUAUGUGACCACAAACAGGAAUUGUGAAGAUAUCGCAAUGUCUUUCUUAGUUGCAAAUGCUACUGGUGUUCCCCCAAUAUGGGUAAGAGGCAAGAUAUAUGAGAUUGGUUCCACAGGGAUCAGUAGUUUGGGAGGUCACAGCAAUAGGAGGACAGAAUGUGUUAAUAGGUUUGUAGCUGAAUAUGGGCACAUGCCCUUAGUACCAACUUCAGUGAAAGCUGUUGAUAGUCGAAGCAGUUGGUUUUGGUGAUGGAGUUGGCAAUGUUAGUGAUGAUGGCUUCGUUCCUUUUAUUUUCUAUCUUGUGUGGUUCUUUGCCACAUAAUCAUCUUCCUAAGUCAAUUGUUGUAAGCGUCUUUUUGUAAUAGUAUCCACUUUCCACAUGGUUACCAAAUGUAGAAGGAAAAUUUUAGUUUAGCAACAUUCUUUUAGGACUUAGGUCAGAAAUCAUCCUUGUGAAAGAGCCAGAGGGGAAGUACAUUAUCUCCCCAGUAUAGUUGCCUUGUUAAUUAUGGAGGGGUUUUCUUGUAUCUUAACCCCUCGAAGUUAAAUUGAUACUCUAAUUAUGGAGGGGUUUUCUUGUAUCUUAACCCCUCAAAGUUAAAUUGAAACAGUGUAUCGACAUCGGCUCAGUAAAAUGCUGCUUUAUUUGCCUA